GGUAGCGAAGGGAGGGCCGUGGCAGGGAUAGCCCGGGCAUAAUUGGCAUACCAAUAGUCCUUACUUUCCCCAUCCACUUCAGUCUUUUCGAAAACAAGCGCUCUAGGAGGAGCGCGUUGGAGUUGCCGGCAUGGCUUCGUCGAGCGGUGGGGUGGAGUGGAACUCCAUCGUGAAGCCCAUUUUAGCGGCAUCCUACGGAUCAUUUAACAAAAAUGACCUGCCUGAGUUCAUAAGAUCUGUGAUAAAGAGUGAAGAUGACAUCAUCAACCACAGUGCUGAAUAUGACACAUUCUAUUCAACUUUUGCACUGCUGGCUGCAGACUACAUCACCCAGAAUGCAGCAGACUUGCUGCCGAGUCAGAUGGGCGGCGCGUGCGCAGCCGCGCGCAUCCUGGGCGCGCACAUGCUGCGCGGCCUGUCGGGCGGCAGCCGCCAGACGUCGCCACUGUCGCGCGGCCAGCUGAUGGACGGCCUGCGCCUGCUGUGCCAGGGCGGCGGCCUCGAGCACUCGGACCACGUCACGCUGGUGGCCGCCAUGAAGAUGGCCAAGCUGCCGCCUCACAUCCGCACCAGCGUGCCGGCGGAGAAGGAGAACUCAGCCAAGACGGAGCCGAAGCGGCCCCGCGUGGACCCGUCCACAUCCCUGCUAGACCACCUGUCCUCGCCCAUGUACAACCUGAGCAACGGCAGCGACCUCAGCGACGCGUCAGAGGCCAACAGCAGUGGGCAACAAGUCAAGAACCUGUUCUGCGAGCGCAACAUCGCGGCGCUGCAGCUGCUGGGCGCCGGUGACGUGCUGGUGGAGAUGUGCCUCGGCCUGCCGCACAUCGCCCGCUACCUGGCCCGCUACACCGAGUCACUGGAGACGGGCUGCCUCCAGCUGCCGGCCACUCUCACCGAGGCGGUCAGCGUCCGCUCCAGCCUGCAGGCCCUCAGCUCGGACGUGGUGAUGGUGUGGCGGGCGCUGUCGCUGCCGGCGCUGGAGCCGCUGACGGCCGCCCGGCAGCAGCGGCUGGCGCAGCUCAGCGCCGCCUGCCUGCUGGCGGCGCUGACCGUGGCCGCCAGCGGCGCCGCCGUCGCCGCACCCGACGACGCCGAGACGCACGCCGUCGACGUGGUGGUGCGCGCGCUCGAGGUGUACGAGUGCGUGCAGAGCGUGAUGCGCGCCUCCACGCGCUCGGGCGGACACUGCGUGCAGAACCUGCAGCUGAUGGCGGCCCUGCUGCUGCUGCGGGGCAUCCAGGCCUUCAUGUUCGCCGUCAGCGCCAUCGGGGACAAACAGGAGCGCGGCAAGUCGCCCGUUAAGGGCAAGGAGAGCAGGAUCAACCUGCUCAAAGUUCAGCAGGGGUUCGGCGUGCUGGCGGUGGCGCUGACCUCGCCGGCGCUGACGCUCGUCUCCAGCCUGCUGUCGGACGUGCGCUCGGAGACGGCCGUGUUCGGCGGGCCGCCGCUGCCGCCAGGCGGGCCGGCGACGCUGGCCACGGCCUGCUCGGCCGGCCAGCGCGCUGCCGCCCUGCUCUCGGCCGCGAACGUGACGCAGCUGCUCUUCAACGUUGCGGUGGCCAGCUACCGCAAGGCGUGCGCGCUGAGCGGCGGCGGCGGCGCGGCGGCCGGGGCCGCGGAGGGCGGAGACGUGUUCGGCCUUGCCACCGGUCCCGCCUUCACCGCCUCGUUCUAUGUGGACGACUCGAGCGGCGACGAGGCCAGCUCGGGUGACGAGGACGACUCGGUGCUGGGCCAGUGGUUCAUGCAGACGCUGUACCCGGCCGGGCCCGCCUCGCCGCCAGCCUCGGCCGCCGCAUCGGAGCACGGCGGCGGCUCGGAGCGCGCCGCCGCCGCCGCCGCCGAGCCCAGCCUGGUGCCGGAGCGCGGCGAGCCGCAUGGCUUCAUGUCGCUGGCGUCGCACGUGCUGCGCCUGAUCAACAGCGACCUGCUCGACUCGGAGUGCGCCGACGUGCGGCGCUACGUGCGUCAGGGCGUCACCGACUACCAGGUCACGCUGCUGGCCGCCAUGGUGCGCGACGUCGGCUCAGGCAGCCUGGGCGCCGGCGUCAGCGCCGGCAGCAUGAUGAGCCUGUGCCACGAGUUCAGCGCGUCGCUGACGCGGCUGACGCACAACCUGCUGGCCACGCGGCUGCUGAGCACGCCGCUGCAGGAGACGCUGCUAGCGCAGCUCGGCCUCAGCCCCUGGCAGGAGGAUGCCGACUGGCCGCUCAGCGUCAAGCCGCGCUCGCUGGCCGUUCUGGCGCAGGUGCUGCUGCUGAACCAGGAGGGGCCGGGGCCGGACCAGCUGGACGGCCGCCAGGCGACCGUGCUCAUCUGGUCCAGCCUGCUGCGCACACUGACCCGGCGCAUCCUCGGCGACGCCGAGGCAGACGGCGAUGACCUGAACGUGGAGCAUGCCCAGCUGCUGCUCUUCCUCUUCCACUCGCUGGAGCUGAUGCAGAAGAAGAACGUACUCAUCCAGUGCGCCGACGUCAUCAUCAAGGUGGCUCCCGCGCUGGAUGCCCCCAUGUCGGCGGCCCAGGUGCUCCACCUGGCUCGGCUGCUAGUCGUGUUCGAGUAUAUGGUGCGCAACCUGUACGACGCGCCCUCCUUCCUCAUCGACCAGGUGCGGAGCAACCUGCUGGGCCGCGUGCCGGGCGCCGAGAAGCUCUACAUCCCGUGUAAGGAGGUGGAGGGCGUGGCCGAGAGCCGCGCCGGCGCCAGUGGUGGCGGCGAGCCGCCCUGCUUCUACAGCCUGACGCACUCGGACAGCGGCGGCGGCGACCCGCUCCGACUCGACGGACUGGCGAGCAGCUUCCUGCUGAGCACGCCGGACGCGCUCGACUACCGCGCCUUCUACGUGGCGCUGGUGGGCCUGCUGCGCGUGGGCGGCCAGGCGGACCUCGAGGCGCGCGUCGCGCCACUGACACCGGCCGGCCGCGUCAACGUCCACUACUGCUUCACCAUCGAGUUCCUGGAGCAGAUGUGCGCCGGCGCUGAGGAGGGCGGCCCGGCCCGGCUGCUGCACUCGCUCGUCUGGGGACCGCGCGCCGCCGACCGGCUCUACGCCAGCACCAUCAAGGAUGCGCUGGUGAAGCAGGGCCUGUCGGCGCACAAGGCCGACAGCCUGCUGGACAACGUCAGCCGCCAGGUGGGGGACGUCGGCCGAGACGUGGACCUGGUGCAGCGCAUGGCGGCCCGGCUGCGCGCCGCCCAGCGACCCCGCCUGCUCGACGUGGUCGCCCUGCACGCGGCCAUCGCCAAGACACAGGUGGCGCGCCGUCUGCUGCCCGUCGUCGUCAGCCUCAUCGACACCGUGUCCGGCUGCAUCAGGUCGAGCCUGCUGCAGUGCCUGACGGAGCCGGAGGGGGACGCCGAGCCGCCGUCGUCGGCCACGCUGCGCGCCUACGACCACCUACUGAGCGUGGUGUCGCCGGCGCUGCGGCGCACGCUCGACGACUGGCACGCGGCGGCCGCCGCCGACCUCGGCUUCUCGCAGAACUGGAAGGCGCGGUACGGCGAGCAGCCGCUGCCGUCCGAGGGCUACAUCACGUCCGUGGUGCUGGCGCACGCUUCCACCCUGUCGGGCGUGGCCAGCCACAGCAUCGGGCUCUCGCUCAAACACCUGCUGCACUGCCUGGUGCGCGUGGCCGAGGCGCUCUUCACGUGGCGCUCGUCGGACGAGCGGGCGCGCGCCGACCUGUCGCGCGUGCUGCUGCCGCUGGUGCUGGACCUCAGCUGCGAGUCGGCCGUGGCGCACUUCGACGUGACGACGAUGGUGGGCGCUACCGACUCGGACUCGUUCCAGCAGACGGCCUGCCAGCUGGUGGUGCGGCACGUGUACGCCAUCGUCCGCCUCGUCAGCCAGGACGCGGACAUCAACGAGUCGGUGUGCGAAGAGUGCAUCCGCUGCCUGGAGUCGAUGCUGGAGGUGCCGGCCGGGCGCGCGGCGCUCGCCAAGGUGCACAAGGAGGACAGCACGUUCCUGAUGACCGUGCUGCUGUCCGCCUCCAGCCAGCGGCUCAGCUUCAACUACGGCAUGCUUGUCCUCAAGUUCUGCGACAAGCUCUUCCAAGCUGCGGACAAGCCCGGCGACGAGCUCCGCGAGCUGUGCGCGUCGCUGGACGGCCUGGCCCGGGUGGAGCCGGAGCGGCUGCGCCUCUGGCUCGGCAAGCUGGUGGUGUCGCUCGGCGACCGCGGCGACGAGUCGUCGGCCGGCAGGAACGAGCGCCUCGAGAGCCGCCAGCUGCUGCAGAGCGUGACGCAGUACCUGGUCAGGGAGGACAGCGCCGUCAGUGAGGAGGUGCCGCGCGUCAUCCUGAACACGCUGACGGUGAUGGGCGGCGAGCUGUUCACGCCGGCGUCGCUGACGGCCGCGCACGGCGGCCUGGUGACGGCCAUGGCCACGCUGGCCUCGGCCGGAGCCGGCCAGGGCCACGUCCGGCUGUUCGGCGCCUGCGCCCAGUGGCUCAACACCUGCAAGGAGUACCUGUGCAAGAAGGACGUGGUGGACAAGCUGGGGGAGGGCGUGGUUUCGGGACGACACACGGACGUGGUCACCUUCGCCUGCUGCCUGAUGACCUACCUCAGCGACAUCGUCUUGGCUCUCAAGAUGCUGGGCGACCACUGGCGCCACCCCGGUCAGUCGGGGUUGGCCACGCCGCCGCUGGAGGGCGACACGUCCGUGCUGGAGGCCGACACCGAGUGGGGCGACGAGCUGCACGACGACGACAGUGACGCCGACGACUCGGACGAGGACUCGCUGAACAACAAGCUGUGUACGUUCACGGUGACGCAGAAGGAGUACAUGAACCAGCACUGGUACCACUGCCACACGUGCAGCAUGCUGGACUCGGUCGGCGUCUGCUCGGUGUGUGUGCGCGUCUGUCACAAGGGGCACGACGUCACCUACGCCAAGCACGGCAGCUUCUUCUGCGACUGUGGCGCCAAGGAGGACUCCAGCUGCCAGGCGCUAGUGAAGCGCAACCGGCAGCCGGAGCCGGCGGCGGCCGGCAGCGGCGGCGCCGGCGCCGGCUCGGGCGCCGGCCCGUUCGGCGCCGAGACCAUGCUGCCGUCGCUGCUGCGCCGCCGCCACAGCGCGCUCAGUCACGAGAGGCCCGACAAGUACCGCGAGCAGAACGUGCGCGGACGCCAGGCGCUCAGCAGGCGGCUCGAGCCGUACAAGGACGCCAUCUACGCGGAGCUGCACAGCUCGGACGUGCUGUCGAGCGUGCUGGAGCUGGUGCGGCUGCUGCUGCCGGCGCUGUCGGCCAGCAGCCGGCGCACCUCGCCCAUCGGGGCUCACCAGCGCGUGGCUGACGCGCUCGCCCAGCUGCACACCGUCGAGAAGACGUUCGACACCACCGACACGCUGAUGGUGCCGACGCUGGGCUCGCAGGAGGGCGCGUUCGACAACGUGCGCAUGACGUUCGCCGGCGAGCAGGGCCAGACGAUCCGGCAGCUGGUGUCGGCCCACAUGAUCCGACGCGUCUCCAUGUGCUGCCUGAGCAGCCCGCACGGCAAGCGGCAGCACCUCGCCGUGUCGCACGAGAAGGGCAAGCUGGCCGUGCUGCAGCUGUCGGCGCUGCUGAAGCAGGGCGACGCCGCCAAGCGGAAGCUGACGCUGACCCGCCUGGCGUCGGCGCCCGUGCCCUUCACCGUGCUCAGCAUCUCCAGCAACCCGUGUAACGAGGACGUGCUGGCCGUCUGCGGUCUCAAGGACUGCCACGUACUGACGUUCAGCUCUUCGGGCGCCGUGUCGGACCACCUGGUGCUGCAGCCGCAGCUGGAGACGGGCAACUUCAUCAUCAGCGCCCGCUGGCUGCCCGGCUCGCAGACGGCGCUGGCCAUCAUCACGGCCGACUUCGUCAAGCUGUACGACCUCGGCAAGGACGUGCUCAGCCCGCACCACUUCUUCCUGCUGCCCAGCGGCAAGAUCCGGGACGCUUGCGUGGCCAACAUGCAGGACGGCUCCCGACACGUCAUCAUCAUGUCGUCCACCGGACUGAUCUACACGGUCGAGAUCAACGAGGAGAGCUCGGCCCAGCACGGCCCCUUCUACGUCACCAACAUCCUGGACCUGUCGCACCCCGAAGUCAAGUGGUCCAACGGCCAGAUCUGUGGCGGAGGGGUGGCCAUCUACUACUCGCACGUGCUGCAGCUGCUCUUCUUCAGCUAUACGCAGGGCAAGAGCUUCUUGGCGCCUCUGACCAGUAUUGGGACGGAGCUGGACAACCUGACGCAGAUCCAGCUGAAGCCGUCGGGCUCGGGCAAGCCCAACUCGCAGCCGCUGUGCCAGUGGAGCGAGGUGAUCGGCCACCCGGGCCUCGUCUGCUCCGUCACACAGAGCAGCAACAACCCGGUGAUCCUGAUGGUGAAGCCGGACUCGGUCUCGGUGCAGGAGAUCCGCAUCGUGCCGUCCAAGUCGAAGAUCACCGACAUGGUGGUGAUCCGCCACCCGACGGCCGGCAGCGACCGGCGCACCACGCUCAUCGUGCUCUGCGAGGACGGCAGCCUGCGCAUCUACAUGGCCUCGCCAGAGCGCACCGGCUUCUGGCUGUCGUCCUCGCUGAACCCGACGAGUGUGAUGGCCUCGCUGCGGCCGCCGCGCAAGAAGAAGGCGCCCAAGCCAAGCCGCGCUGCCGGCGCCGUCCAAUUCCCGCCCGACUUCUUCGAGGGCUGCCAGCCCAUGAACGACGUCGAGUACGGCGGCGACGACGUGCUGCAGGUGUACAACACGCAGCAGGUUAAGCAGCGGCUCUCCAUGACAGACUCCGCCAGCUCGUGGCAUGUACAAAUCGCGUCCAACCAAGCCGUCCAGGCCUUCAUCCUGGAGCUGCUGGGCCGCAGCGUGCCGCUGCACUGCACGCGCGCGCGCUGGUUCGACGUGCCGCUCACGCGCGAGGAGUCGCUGCAGGCCGACCGCCGGCUGGUCAUCACGUUCGGCCCGUCCCCGGACCCGUCCGGCGUCACCAUGGUGGACUCGCUGAAAAUCUACGGCAAGACGAAGGAGAGCUUCGACUGGCCGGAGGACAGCGACGAGUACAUGUCAUCGCCGUCCGCGUCGGGCACGAACCUGACGCCGGGCAGCGAGCAGGAGGGCAGCGCCGCCGCCGUGCUGCCGCUCACGGCGCUCGACAAACUGGUGACCAGCGCCCUGGAGACGAUGGAGGGGUGCGUGGUGGCGGCGCCCGAGUCGGACCCGCAGCGGGCCGCGGCGCUCGAGCUGUGCACGGCGCUGGUGCAGUUGGAGGCGCCGCCGGUCGGCCAGGUGCUGACGCAGGUGGACGCGCUGCUGGCCGCCCUGCAUACCUCCCGCCAGGCCUACUACAGCCACAAGGACCAGUCGAAGCUGAAUCACGUGUGGAAGAUGCUGCGCAAGAUGGACGCCAACGCCGAGUCGCGUAACCUGGACUCGGAGCUCUUCCACCACCUGGUGGUGACCUCUCGCAACAUCGCCAUCUGCCGACCGGCCAACCUGGUGAAAUACACGGUCGUGAAGGGAGAGGGCGACGACAAACCGGACAGCGGCGGCGCCGACUUCGUGUCGCUGCUGAUGGCGCUGUUCUGGCGGCUGCACGACGCCCAGCCGGAGAACGCUCUCACGGCGCCCGUCUGUCUGCCCGGCCUGACGCACCCGGAGACGUGCGUGUACGCGCUCUCGGACGUGCUGUACGCCUUCUUCACGACGGAGCCGGAGCUGGCGGCGCCACUGACCGUCGUCAUCUCGCGGCUGCUGCUCAGCGACGACCGGGCCGUCAGCUUCGCCGCCAAGCAGGGCCUGAUUCGCGUGUUCCGACCCAAGCAGCGCCGCCGCCGCGUCUUCAUCCCCUCGCCGCCGCGCUGCUCCACGCCCGGGUGCUUUUUGCAUAUUUGA